UGUAAAUAGGUUCUUCGUUAGGGGUUAACAUUGAAAUUUGUAAUUGCCCAGGCGCCUUUGUGAUGUCAUUUAUGCGUCUGUCAACAAAGAAUAUUACCUAGGGUCAUUGCCGAAAAUAGCACGUUUUCAGAUGAAAUCAAUUACUGAGCAGCCUAGGCAUCUAGGUACCUAAGUACGUACAUAACAGGGGAUCCCGGUGGAAACAGUUUCUUGACAUGUUGAUUUCGAAUUCCAAAUAACAGCCCUAGAGCGCAGUUGGCCCCAUCGCCCCUCCAUCUAACAACCUAGGCUCGGGGAAUGGAAGACGUCGUAGCUUCGGAUCGGUCACGUAAAGUGGUAUUUGCGAACGCCGGAUGAGGCGAUACACCCAAAUUUUGAAACUUUUAAAGAAUGACUAUAAAUCGAACGUUGCCGAGGACAUUUCGAGUUACGCAAAAUUCUAUCAUCAGACCUUCGAAUCACAAUUACUUUGUCUUGCAGCCUUCCUCAUCUCGACAUCACCCCAAAUUGAUAUCUGGUAAAAGUCAUCUGACGCCAGCAAAUAUCAAAUUUAGCGAAAAUAUAUCUAUAUAUAACGGGACGAUCCCCCGAGCCUUACCUAGUACUCAAGCAAGGUCGGCAUCAACACUCACCAUGUCUUCCAAACUCAUUCCCUCCAACCCUUCCGACGUAGCCGUACUCCGGUCCGUUACGCCUAACGUCGUGACCGUCUCCGUGCCAUUCGCCCGGUUCGGCAUCAUCCGGGUCGGCGGUCGCGGUACCAUAAUACGCCUCACCUCCGGCACACUAGCCGUCUUCUCCCCGGUCGCCCUAACGCCCGAGACCCAAGCCAAGAUCACCGAGCUCGGGGGCAACGUUGGGUACAUCAUCGCAGGCGAUAUAGAGCAUCAUAUCUUCAUCACAGAAUGGGCGAAAGCCUACCCGAACGCCAAGAUCGUCGGACCCAAGGGUCUAGCUGAGAAGCGCGCGAAGGUGCAAGAUGACCCGAAGAUCGGACACGAGCUCUUCGCCUUCGAGUGGUCGGCCGCGAACAAGAGCUCCAACGCGGUGAGCGAGGAGUUCGCCGCUGAUUUCGAGGUCGAGUACGUCGACGCGCAUCCCAACAAGGAGGUCGUGCUUUUCUACAAGCCCGACCGCGUCCUCAUCGAGGCCGAUCUCAUGUUCAACCUGCCGGCUGUCGAGCAGUACUCCCGCGUGCCUGAGGCGCAGAAGACAGGACAUGGGUUCUUGAACAAGAUUUUCGAGUCUAUUAACAGCACGAGCGGCGAGGCCAAGGGGAUCAAGCGGUUCCUGUGGUAUGUGAUUAGCAACGGGACCAAGGACCGCCCUAGUUUCAAUACGAGCGUCCAGCGUAUUGCAUCUUGGGAUUUCGAUACCAUCAUUCCAUGCCAUGGAGAGACAGUCGUGGGGGGCGGCAAGGAACUGUUCAAUAAGGUGUUCGAGUGGCAUCUGCAGGGUCAUAAGUAAGAGAUGGCGGGAUCU